AUGACUAUUUUACCCACGUAUAUACAAGGGGCAUAUGGGAAUGUUUCAUCGGAUUCAAGUGAUGUGGAUUUUUCUGAUUCUGAAGGGCCAAAAAAACGGAAGAAUACUAAUGAUAAGGCCAAAAUCAUGUUAAUUAAAAUUGAUGAAUGUUUUCCUCCUGGUGAUGAAGGGUGGCUUUGCCCUGCUUGUGAUUGCAAGGUUGAUUGUGUUGACUUGUUAAAUGAUUCCAUGGGGACAGAUUUGUCCAUCAACGAUACCUGGGAGAAGGUGUUUCCUGAAACUGCAGUGUUUGGGGAUAACUUAAAUGACAUUUCAGGGCUUCCCUUUGAUGAUUCUGAAGAUAACGAUUAUAACCCUAAUGCUCCACAGGUAGCAGAAGGUGAGGUGGAUGUAGAGGAUCCAAACUCUAAUGAGUCUGAUGACUCUGCUUCUAUAACAUGCGUACCCACUGCUAUAACUCAUAGCCUCGUUCCAUUACACAAUAAUGGCAAGAAUGAAGUGACAUCAUCUGAAGUUGUUAAAGAGUCUGUAGUAUCUGAAAAAUAUGAAGAAAUCUUGAAAACAAAUAUGGAAAAUGAUGAUUCUACCCCUAUAACUGCAAGGAGACAUGUUCAGAGAUUGGACUACAAAAAGUUGCAUGAUGUUGAACUAUUUCACAAAAUCUUUAAGCUUUGUGGUUCGCCACCAGAAGAGUACUGGAAAAAGUCAAAGCUUCCUCAUGCCGCCAUGUUUAAACCACAACAUCCGUAUGAAAGUUGUUUACUUGAAACUUUCAAAGAGUUGCCUAAAUGUGUUGUAGAUCUAAUCCAAACAUUGUUGUCUGUGGAGCCAUAUAAGCGUGAGACUGCUUAG